AUGACGACUUCGCUGCUCCUGCAUCCGCGCUGGCCGGAGAGCCUUAUGUACGUCUAUGAGGACAGCGCGGCGGAGAACGGCAGCGGCGGCGGCGGCGGCGGCGGCGGGGGAGGUGGCAGCGCGGGGGGCGCGGGGGGCGGCUGCAGCGGAGCGAGCCCCGGCAAAACCCCCAGCAUGGACGGGCUGGGCAGCAGCUGCCCGGCCAGCCACUGCCGCGACCUGCUUCCGCACCCCGUGCUGGGCCGCCCGCCCGCUCCCCUGGGCGCCCCACAGGGCGCCGUCUACACGGACAUCCCGGCCCCGGAGGCUGCGCGCCAGUGCGCCCCGCCGCCGGCGCCCCCCACCUCGUCCAGCGCCACCCUGGGCUACGGCUACCCGUUCGGUGGCAGCUACUACGGCUGCCGCCUGUCGCACAACGUGAACCUGCAGCAAAAGCCUUGCGCCUACCACCCGGGUGAUAAAUACCCGGAGCCGUCGGGCGCCCUGCCGGGUGACGACCUGUCCUCCAGGGCCAAGGAGUUCGCUUUCUACCCCAGCUUCGCCAGCUCCUACCAGGCGAUGCCCGGCUACCUGGACGUGUCGGUGGUGCCUGGGAUCAGCGGGCACCCAGAGCCGCGUCACGACGCGCUCAUCCCCGUCGAAGGCUACCAGCAUUGGGCUCUCUCCAACGGCUGGGACAGUCAGGUGUAUUGCUCCAAGGAGCAGUCGCAGUCCGCCCACCUCUGGAAGUCUCCCUUUCCAGACGUGGUCCCCCUGCAGCCCGAGGUGAGCAGCUACCGGCGAGGGCGCAAAAAACGCGUGCCCUACACCAAGGUGCAGCUGAAGGAGCUAGAGAAGGAGUAUGCGGCCAGCAAGUUCAUCACCAAAGAGAAGCGCCGGCGCAUCUCUGCCACCACGAACCUCUCGGAGCGCCAGGUCACCAUCUGGUUUCAGAACCGGCGGGUCAAAGAGAAGAAGGUGGUCAGCAAAUCAAAAGCGCCUCAUCUCCACUCCACCUGACUGCCCAUUUGGCCACCUGCCCCGUCUAUUUAUGUCGCCGCUUUGUACCAUAACCGAACCCACCGAAGGACCUUUGCCGGUGCGGACGAAUAUUUAAUGUUAACGAGAAGAGUAGCCGGGCCGCGGGAGGCAGAGAGGA